GGUUUCCAGGGAAUUACGCAGAGUCACAACACACCGGGAGUGGGAGUGUCGGUAUUUUAGCCUCAGUCUGGUCUGAAAUCUAAUCCGAUACCAGUCCCCGUGAUCUGAUUUUUAUUUGGUAAGAUCUGAAAGACUCUUAAAAUAUCUUAAAAACUCAGUUUAUGUGCAGCCAUGAAGCGCACCGCAUCGGCCCUGCCGCGCGUGCAGCCAUCGCGUAAAAGCGAAUGGCUCCGGAGCGCCCUGGCCCACCACCACUGCCCCGAUCCCGGCGUGGAUAACGAAAUCGUCGUCCUGGCCACUGGAAUAGACCAAUACUUGCAGGAGGUCUUCCACCACCUCGCCUACCCCAACCGGGAAGAUACGGUGACGGCGGAGGAUUUCACGGCACUGUGCGCAGUACUGGGGCUCACGGGAGCGGAGAAAGGAAAGAGGACAAUGAAAGGAGGAAAUGUAGAUCGAGAAAGAGAUGAGGAAGAUGAAGAGUUUAAGGAUGUAUGUUCUGUGCUCCCCUGUCAACUGUCCUUUAAAGAUUUCCACUCGCGUCUCUGUGGAUAUUUUCGUGUGCGCAGUGCGGGCAGAGGCACCGGGGAGUGCGCCUGGCGCCUGCCCGUUACCGAGGACACGGAGCUGGUGGAGAGACAGAUCCGGCUCCGGUGGCCGCGUGUCAGACGGAGGAAAUGUGUAAGUUUUGAUCUGACCAAGGAUCAGAAUGGACCCGGUAACAGACUGAGUAAAGUUCGAAACGCAGAAGAACGCGAGUCAGAUGAGGUAGCAGCUCUGAGGGAGCUGGUGGAGGACCUUCGCUCAGCGCUGCAGGGGAGCGACGCACGCUGCCUGGCCCUGGAAGUAGCACUUCGACGGGAGAGGAGCCGCACCCUGCCUUCUCCAUCCAGCUUCAGCUCCCCAGUUUCAUCUCCAACAACUUCCAUCACCCUCAUUCAGGGUAAACUGGUACCGACGCAGAGAAUCAAAGGACAAUGCAGUGGUGAUGCGGCAAGGAGGGUGGCUAGGAGACGGGACAUCAAGGACCCCCUUGUUAGGGAGUUGAAGAUGAUCCGCUCCUCACGUGACGGGCAGCUGGAGGAGGCCAUGAAAUUCAAUGAGCGCCUGGAGGAGGAGCUGAGAUGGGCAUACCAGGAGGUACGCAAGCUUCAAGGGGUGGAGUCUGCCCUGAGGAAGGAGAAUGCCCAGAUCAGGAGGCGGGCAGAGGAGGCCAGGGAGGCUCUGAGCUUGGGGCUUCAGAGGGUGCGGACGAUCCAGGAGCAGGCUCAGUCAGUGCCGCAGCUUCAGUCAAGGAUCACUCAACUGGAGACUGAACUACACCAGUACAGAUCGUGCUGCACCUGUAUCCCUGACCCAGCCCAUCAAGACAUGUACCCAAUCGGAGCAGAAGACGCUUGCAGCAAGACAGAGGCAGAGUGUCUGCAGAGAGCAGUGGAAGGGAGAGCUGCCUCUGACGAAGAGGAGGAGAAUGGAGGGAUGAGAGAGGAGGGACAGUGCUGCCUUUUGGUGGCGAAGAAGCAUCGACUGCAGAGCUGUGGCAAAGGAUGUCAGAACCAUGUGGUCCAACAACUUGUCUCUCAGAGUCACCUGCAUGACAAAAACCUCAUCCGCACUUUUAAGGACAGCAGCAGGUGCAAUAGCUGGAAGGAACAAAACCAAGAGCAGCCAGAGGGAAGCAGAGAAAAGAGGCCUGAGGAAGAGGAGGACAAGACAAGAUUGGAAGAGAAAGAGAAGAGACGUCUGUCGCUGCUGGAGGAGAAACUCACAGAUGGCCUCACACUCCUGCUGCAGCGUCGCAACAAGAACGUGUCCCGCAGAGCCCUGGGGAAGAUUGUGAUGGAUACUCUGGAUGUGUGCAGUAGGAGUGGAGAUGGCCAAUCUCAGGUCAUGCAGGUUGCUGACGCCCUCUGUGUCCGGCUGUCCUCCAGUGAUCUCCUUGGAAAUGGAGAGGAUGAUGAAGGAGAAGAGAGCAGAGAGAAACCCCUGGUUCCAUCUUCAGGGUGUCAAACCAGCAAUGUCAACCCGCUGCUCAUCUCCUGUUGAAUAAGCUACUGCAGUCAUUCUUACCCCUUUCCUCUCUUUUAUAUUUGCCUUGUUUGCACCUAUGUACAUUUCCCGGUUGUGUGUUUAAAAAUGGUCCAGUGUAUUUAAAUAUU